CAGGCUAUGUGCCCGAGCGUGUCUUCCUCCCUCCUCCUGCCUGCCUCCCUGCAUCUGACAGCGUCCCUCCCUCUUUCUCUCUCCUCCACCUCCCUCUCUCAUUACGCCUUUCACCGGCAAAACUCCAACACACACAUACACACACAUAAACACACAGACACACGCGCCACCUUCCCCUUAAACCGGGAAAUAAACACGAAGCGACGGCAGGAGCAGGACCGAACUCCCCCGGCCCGCACCAUCCAUGGUCCUCCCCUGGAUUUCUGUCUGACAGGAGGGUUGGUGUUACUUUGCUGAAGUGACAGAGGAAGGCCUCGAGUCAGAGGUGAAGAACGCAAACAAGGAGUCCUCCCGGACAGCAGGGGGAAGCAGCAGACAUGCAGGACUCAGCCUCUGACAGUAAAAUAGCGAAACAGGACCAGAACAAGCACAUGGAUGGACACAGAGAAACCGAUGACAUGUCUGAAAAGACGUCUCCCAACAAGAACCUCAAAUCUCCCCAGAAAGGCUCCAAACGGCUUAAAACGGCCCCCUUUAAAGUGACCCUACUGGAUUCCUCCGAGUUCGAAGGAGAAACUGAGAAACACUCCAAAGGACAGACCCUGAUGGACAUGGUGUGUGAACACCUUAACUUGCUGGAGAAAGACUACUUUGGUCUGACCUUUGCCGACACAGACAGCCAGAAGAAUUGGUUGGACCCCUCCAAGGAGAUCAAGAAGCAGAUGCGCAACUCUCCGUGGCACUUUGCCUUCGCUGUCAAGUUCUACCCUCCUGACCCCUCCCAGCUCAUGGAAGAUAUUACCAGAUACUACCUGUGUCUGCAGCUGAGGGAUGACAUGCUGUCAGGUCGCCUGCCGUGCUCGUUCGUCACUCACGCCCUCCUGGGCUCCUACACCGUUCAGGCCGAGCUGGGAGACUACGACCAGGAUGACCACGGCACCGACUACGUCAGCGAUUUCCGCUUUGCUCCCAAUCAGACGCGCGAGCUGGAGGAGAGGGUGAUGGAGCUCCAUCGAAACUACAAGGGGAUGACUCCAGCAGAGGCUGAAAUGAACUUCUUGGAGAACGCAAAGAAAUUGUCCAUGUACGGAGUCGACCUCCAUCAUGCUAAGGAUUCUGAGGGGAUUGAAAUAAUGCUUGGUGUCUGUGCCAAUGGCCUGCUGAUUUACCGUGACAGGCUGAGGAUCAACCGCUUUGCCUGGCCAAAGAUCCUUAAGAUUUCAUACAAGAGGAGCAACUUCUACAUCAAGAUAAGACCUGGAGAAUAUGAACAGUUUGAAAGUACAAUUGGUUUUAAGCUCCCCAACCACAGAGCUGCCAAGAGGCUGUGGAAGGUCUGCAUCGAGCAUCACACCUUCUUCCGGCUGGUAUCUCCUGAGCCUCCUCCUAAGGGAUUCUUGGUGAUGGGUUCAAAGUUUCGAUACAGCGGAAGGACGCAGGCUCAAACCAGGCAGGCCAGUGCUCUCAUAGACCGGCCUGCUCCUCACUUCGAGCGGUCGACCAGUAAGAGGUAUCUGCUUUCCCGGAGCUUGGAUGGAGAGUUCUCACGGCCGGUAUCAGCCAUGUGCGAGAACCACGACGGCCUUUCUCACCGCAGCAUCAGUGAACACCGACGGCUGCACAGCCCCUCCGGGGACGAGCAGGAAACAGAGCUGGAGCCAAGUUUGGAACAGGACGAAGAGGAGAAGGAGCACGAGCAGGGCCGGGAGGCGGAGCAGGACAAAGACCAUGACGGCAACGUGUCUCCAAGCAGAAAAAAAGAGAUCAUGAAGGAGGAGGCCGGGUCACCAAUUGACAGUAAACAGGAGCUCUCUCAGUUGGACCAGGAGACUACUCCUCGGCACAAACAGGAGUUUCUGGAUAAGUCGCAGGACGUCUUGCUGAAGCACCAGGCCAGCAUCAAUGAGCUAAAGAGAGCCUUGAGGGAGCCCAACAGCAAGCUGAUGAACCGCGAGAAGCGUCUGUCAGCGACCUCCCCAACCGGCACACCGGAGAAGAAGGCUUCGGUGGGCCGGGCAAUGGGAAAGGAACCUGUUAACAGCCUGUCUGUUGAGGGUUUCGUCCAGAAGACUCUGGUGACUUCACCCGAGGGCUCUGAGGAGUGGGUAUUGAUUGAAAAACAAGAACCUUAUCAACAAGACCAUGACUGGAAGGCAGAAGAAAAGAACAAAUCUCUCACACCUGAUUCCUCAUGGGAGAAAAAGGGUCUGGAAAAAGAGAUAGACGUUAGCAAGAUGAUGCAUAAGGAGGUAGCAGGGUAUGACAGAAAAGAAAUGAAAAGCCAUAUUGAUGAGUUUCCAUCAACAAAAUCGUCCAGAGAGGCAGAUGUAUGCUCUGAGCCUCGACGUUUUGUGAUCCAAUUAUCUGAGAAUGCCGACUCGUUUCAAGACAAAUCUCAAAGCAAACCAGCUCGAGCCUCAGACCCUGAGGCGAACAGCGAUGCAGCCCCGGGCUUGAGGCACAUGAAGGAGCGCACGGCUUCUAAACCGAGGAAAAAGAGGAGACCCCAGAGCUUAAACCUGGGAAUGCCCACAGAGCUCGUCUACAGGAAAGGAGGAAGCGAUUCCACCGAAGAUGAAAACGAGGGCUCGGACUCAGACAACAACUCAGAAACAGCACCGAAGAGAGGAAAUCAUUGCGAGUCGCCCCCAGUCGCAACGAUGAAAGAUGAUCAGGGUUUAGAAAAGGAUCAGCUGGUCAGGGUCUAUAAAGACGGCAAACAAGAGGGUAAAUUAGUUGGAGAAAGCAGGGAGGUCUCCACCCAAGGAGCAGAGCAGGUAAAGAAAAAAGUGAGCCUUGUUGGGACAGCAGAUGUCGAUUUAGGCUCAGUGAAUGGACCUGGAAAAAUAGAGCAUGAUGGCUCAUUCUCAGGGUCUAAAGGAGAGUGUGUGCUGAAGAUGCGAGGGAAAGGCUUCAUUGACAACAAAGAGUUAGCAGAGGUUAAACUACGACAGGUCAGGACACAUGAACGGAAGGUCAGUAGCUCUGGAGGAGAGGAUGUUGAGGGUUUCUUGGGCGACAGAGGUCAGAGGACGUCUCUCCACCGACUGUCAGGCAGCAGCUACCAGUCGGAACUAACCAGGAUUGUUCCUCUCAAGCCGGAGCGUUCGAAGAGCGUCACGUCCAAGGACGAAAGGGACCAUACGGGACAGGACGAUCCAAGACGGGGGAUCAGAAGAGAAUACCGGUGGUCGGUUGGCUCUCCGGAGGGAUCCUCAGACCUCAGCUGGACCGACGGUUCCAACUUUCAUCCAGCGUUCGCGUCAGAUCUGGAGGGCGUUGCUAAAAUCGAGCAUCCAGAUGAUAGCUUUCAGUGUGGUAGAGUGUUCGCGGAGAGCCAGUCGUUCAGCUCAAAGGUUUCAGGGCUUCCCAAAAUGGCCCCUCCAGCGCCGCCGGUGAAAACACAGAAGGCGAGAGAGUCCGUGCUAAUACUCCGGAACAGCAGAAACGCCAGCAGGGAGCCGAGCCUGGACGCGGCCAAAAAGAGACACUCGGAGCCUGUCUCUACUCCUGCUAUAUAUGAAGAGCCAUUUGCUGACUUCAAGAAGGAGUUUGGGGAGAGGAGGCCUCAGCCGAGCAUAGCCUCGGAGGAGGAGCAGGAACGAGACACCGUGGCAUGCAUGAAGGAAACCCACCUGGGCAUCGAACGCAAGUGUUCCAGCAUGACGGUCAGCUCCACGUCCAGCCUGGAGGCCGAGGUCGACUUCACUGUCAUCACUGACCUCCACUCGGGCCUCGAGGACUUUUCUAAGGGUGUGCCCGAACUGGGAGAGAGGGAGCGACAGCCUGAGGUGGGCCGGGAGGACUUUGAGGAGACCUCCAGGUUCUACUCUGCCCGUCUAAUGGGCUCCCGGGACAAGUCUCCCAUAGAGGAGAGGCUUCCUGAGGAGGGAAUGCAUCAUGAGCCUCCCGUGGCAAAGAAAGACCCCAACACGGUGAGCGUGGCCCACAAGCUGAAAAGAGCCGACAGCAAGACGGAGACGCACACAAAUGGAUCGGAAGCCCACGCCAACGUCGUUAAUGUCUCUUCACAGAACUAUGGAGUCGUCAGUCCACAGGAGGCUCCUGCUGCCGUCAAAGAAAAUGGCUCUCCUGUAAAAGCCAGCACCCAGGGGAGAGAGUCUGUUGUGUCCCCGCUGACCAUCACUGCUGAGAACGUUACCUCAGCAACCACGACACAAGUUACCAAGACUGUGAAAGGAGGCUACUCAGAGACCAGGAUCGAGAAGAGGAUUAUAAUCACAGGAGAUGAUGAUGUGGACCAACAUCAGGCACUUGCCAUGGCAAUCCAAGAGGCAAAGCAGCAGCAUCCUGACAUGCUGGUGACAAAAGCAGUAGUUAUCAGGGAAACAGAGUCGCCUACUGAGGAGCUACAACAGAAAGCAGAGUCCUGAUUGAACAUGGUGGCUCCUGAGACGGGGGACAGGAGAGGAUCCUCCAGCUGUGUGUCUCCGGCCCCGCCCUGCAGUAUGCCACCAACCUGAUAAGAGGACUUUCUACCCCACUGUGUACACACCAACACGACAACAGACUGCGUUCCACGAAGCAGUAGACCUCCACUCCUUUCCCUUUAGACGUACCAACUGUGACUGGCCUCUGAUCUGACCCGGCUUCCCAUCCCGUCCCGGCCGAUCCCAGCCCUCCACCCUCUAGUGGAAAGAGGAAAAAUCUUCGAUUGGAAGAUUUCUCACAUUUCUUCCAUAUUAUUUAAUGUAACAUGUUUUGGCUCGUUUGAACCAGUGAGGUGUCACCUCUCACAGUUUGUGUUUAAGGGUCACACGUCUAUCCCGUGCUGCUGUUAUUAUUAGAGAAAAGGAGGGGUGGGAGAAAGUAUGGGGACAAUGCUGGUAGCAUGGGUAGGGAUGGGGAGGUGCCAAGUGGCAAGAGCCAGCCUUUUUUGCUUGUUGGCCAUCUCCUAGCCAUGCCACCUUCAGUAUAAUCAACUGCUGUCUUAUUAGCUUUUUACAUUUUUAUCUAUAGAGGAUCUAAUUUAUGUUCAGUGUUUGCUUGUUUAUGAAAUAUGUAUAAUAUCAGAAGAUUAUAAUCUGCAUGAUUCAAUUAAAAAUAGCAGGGGGAAUGAAAACAAAACAAAAAUACACACAUGAAUAUGUCCGCCUUUGGAAGCCCGGAGAAGUGGGGAUGAGGACCGUUGAGAAAGUGUAAAAUACAUGAGGCCAAUGAAUGGUGGACAGACUGUACUAACUGUUCAGAGGACAGCUGGAACUGGUCCCAGUCUUCAACACACAAGCAUCACUGUCCUCGUCCAGCUUCACUGUUAUUGUUUUGCUGUCAGCUCACCACCAACACAAAGAGAUGCUGGUCACAGUUUUAGGGUUUUCAGAGGAAAUUUUAAAUAUAAAUAAUAUUCUAUUUGUGAUAUAUAUUUACUUCUUUUUUCCUUACUUGCUUUACUGACUUCCAUUGGGAAACAGAGUUUGUUUGACACUCUUGUGUUUUUGGACAUUUCAGCCUUUAUGUGUGAACAUGCUGUAAAUUCUCCCUGACAGAGCUGUAACCAACUGGCUCCAAACUUAGAGCUGGUUUUCCAGAUUGUAAAGUUGGGCUGCAAAAAGCCAAUGUUGACAUCACAGCCACCAGCUGCGAUUUACUAAUGUUGGCCACGUUUAAAGAGCUUAACAAGCCCAAACUACAAAAUCGACGUUAGCAGUAUCGUAAUAACUGUGCAUAAGCGGUGGGAUAUUUAAAAAAUAUUAAU